CAUUCCUUCUCAAGGAAUUGACUGAUAUUUUGAUGCAAUUUUCGUAGUCGAGAUGUUGCGCGAGAUAAAACCCCGAAAUGCCCGGACGGCACGUAUCGUCAAGGCACGAGAGCCGCAGCAAGUCGAAUCACGAAAGCGAGUGCUUCUUCUGCACGGCUCCAAGAACCCUCAGCCAGUGAGCUCAGUGCUCAAAACUGUACAUACGUUGACGAAACCCGACUCGGUCCUGCUGAACAAGAAAAACGAGAACAUCCAUCCUUUCGAAGAUCCUGCAUCUCUAGAAUUUCUGGCGUUGAAAAAUGAUUGCGGUGUGGUUGUCUUUGGCACACACUCCAAGAAGCGACCGAACAAUAUCACUGUCAUGCGCAUAUACGAUGGCAAAAUGCUCGACAUGGUGGAGUUGCUUUUAUUAGUGCCGGCCGACCAGCCUCAAGCCGAACAGAAAUUGCAGAUUGGGGUCGAAAUGAAGCCUCUGGUUCUUUUUGCUGGAUCGCAAUGGGACGACACAUCAUCCUCUGAGCAAGCUACGCUCUACCAGACACUCAAGUCCCUCAUGCUCGACCUGUUCCAGGGUGAAGAGAUAUCAACAAUAGAUGUGGCUGGGUUGCAGUACAUUCUUAUGAUCGCAGCCGGCGAGACAACCUCGACAGAUACGACUGACCCUGCGAGUAAGCCGCUGCUACAUCUCAGAUGGUACAAGAUUCGGACUAUGAGAUCGACCGAUGCGAAGAUACCCAGAGUGGAACUUGACCCGAUCGGACCCAGCUUUGAUUUCAGAGUCGGACGGCACCGAGAAGCAGAUGCCGCAGUCAUGAAGGAGGCUAUGAAACACGGACGUCGGCCAAACGAAGCAAGAACAAAGAAGAACAUCGUUACAGAUCUGGUGGGCGAUAAGGUUGGCCGGGUACAUCUGGGCAAGCAGGAUCUCUCGACCCUACAGACACGUAAGAUGAAGGGUUUGAAGAGAGGACGAGAUGACGAUGUUGAUGAUCACCAUAUGAAUGGCGAGGAAGGUGAUGACGGUGUUCUCAUCGAAGACGAGGACAUGGAUGGUGGUAUGGAUCUUGAUGACGAAGUCUCCGAAGGUGGAAGCAGUCUAGGCGGCAGUGGUGAUGAAAUCAGCAUUGGAGAGGACGAAGAGAUGGAAGAUGGAGAUGAAGUGAACGAAAAGCCGAAGCGGCAGCGGAUAUCAUGAGCACGACAUCUUUGAAGGAUAUCGAAGGGGGAACGCCUUCUGAGAACAAUCUUUGAUUCGACAUGUUCUCAGCGAUUCAACAUUCUAUGUUGAAACCUACUCCAUCAAUCCGGGGGUACCCUCCUUUGACAGCGCUCGCUACUGUCAGCAGGAUGGUACCCAGGUUGAUUUACUACCGGCGCCCUCGGUGUUGUCAGUGAUCGUCUUCGCAAUCGCAGAAACUUUCCCGGAUGGGAUUCUCAGCUGGAUGCGCAGAUCCCGCCUCGGCCAGGCAAUCACGCUCCGGUGCAGGGUGGUCACGCAUGGCGCAGCUAUUAUUGAAGGGGUGUAUUGACGUGUCGGUGAAGCAGCUAUCGUGGGAAUGUUUGUGUCCCUGACUUGUCACUAGCGAAUCUGCAAUAUGUGAGCAAGGAGACAAUAGUGUAGGAACCGAAAAAUGUGAUAUUUUUUCUUGCCGGAA